AUGCUGCUCCUGCGACAUCCGUACGGCGAGGAGAAGAUAUUUGCCUUAAUUCCCCAUGGCAGACCGGCCAGUGCAUCGUCGACAUGUGCGGGAGGUGACGCUGCUGAAGAAGAUGAUGCACAGUACGUCAGAGCAAGAGCGACCCCUGCCGUGCCGAUUGGACGGCUCCCUGCAGAUGAUCGUUCCUUGCAGAUGUGCCCCCCAGAAUCGAACCACUUCGCGACGACGGAUUACUACGACUUUCCCAAUCGGACCACUGACGACCUGCGCCAUGCGGGAACAAGUCAUCCUGUGGCUUUGACAGUCGUGAAGCGGCAACGAGAAAAACGAAAACAGGCCCUCGAGCGCUAUACACGACUGGAAGCCAGCAUCAUGGCCCCAACAGCAACCCACACCAAUGGCAAUGGGGUGAAUGGUCACGCAUCCAAGACCAAUGGACACGGGCGACAGAAUGGGCACGCAACAUCACAACAUUUGACAGUCUCGAGGUCACCGCACAGCCGCGAAUCGGACGACGAACACUCGCGAGCAUCUUCCCCUCGAUCGACCAGCAGCAGGCACAACAUGCGACACUCACGGAGCCCCUCGAAUCCUCUCGCCCCGCCCUUCAUCGUGUCUGCACCAGGCAAAACCAUUGUCUACGGCGAACAUGCAGUCGUACACGGCAAAGCUGCCAUCGCUGCCUCCAUUUCCCUCCGAUCAUACCUCCUCGUCACGACACUGUCGAAAAGUCAACGAUACGUGAAAUUGCAGUUCACAGAUAUUGGUCUCGACCACACAUGGCAGAUCUCCGACCUACCUUGGAAAGAAUUCGCGCCGAAAAAGAAGAAAUACUAUGACUUGGUCACGAAUCUUGAUUCAGAAUUGGUCGAGAUCAUGCAGCCCCAUAUACAGGACAUUUCGCCAGAAGUGGAACCGGAGAAGAGGAAGAUCCAUCAGGCGGCCGCCUCGGCGUUCUUGUAUUUGUUCUUGAGUUUGGGUAACGAUAAGAGUCCGGGAUGUGUAUAUGCCAUGAGGAGUUGCAUACCCAUCGGUGCAGGGUUGGGCAGUUCGGCGAGCGUGAGUGUGUGCAUUGCUGCUGCUUUGCUCAUUCAAUCGCGAGCGCUGUCAGGUCCACAUCCAGACCAACAGAGUGAGGAGGCGGAGAAGCAGUUGGAGAGGAUCAAUCGAUGGGCUUUCGUUGGGGAGUUGUUGAUUCAUGGAAACCCAUCCGGAGUGGAUAACACUGUCAGCACGAACGGGCAUGCUGUACUAUUUCAACGGAAAGACUACACGAAACCACCUAGUGUUUCUGUCAUACGCGAUUUCCCAGAAUUGCCUCUACUUCUGGUCGACACAUGUCAGCCGAAGUCCACUGCAGCGGAGGUCGCAAAGGUGGGCAACUUGAAGAAGACACAUCCACUCGUGGUGGAGAAUAUUCUCAAUGCGAUUGAUUCGAUUACGAGAAGCGUUUACGAACGACUGGAGAGCGACGAUUUCGAUUCGGGCAGCAAGGAGAACAUCCAGCACUUGGGCGAACUGAUGAACAUAAAUCAUGGACUGCUGACAAGUCUUGGCGUUUCACAUCCUCGACUCGAGCGGCUACGCUAUCUCGUCGAUCAAGCCGGUGUCGGGUGGACGAAAUUGACUGGCGCUGGUGGUGGAGGUUGCGCAAUUACGCUGCUGAAACCUGAUAUUGCUCCUGUUGGCAAUGGGCGAAACAAUGGCGACUCGCAACUAAAUGGUGACGCGAAGUAUAGCAAAGACGGAGAGGAGUUGAGCGGCAUGGAGCAGCUUGAUCGAGACCUGAAAAAGGAAGGUUUCAUCAAAUAUGCUACGACGUUGGGUGGCGAUGGUGUCGGCGUACUUUACCCAGCCGUCAUCAAUGAUGAGGAAAUCGAUCUGGAGCUAUUCCUGACUGUGGAAGGCCGCGAAGGCGUCGAAGAUCUGGUCAGCGAGAAAGGCGAAGACGAAGUUUGGAAGUACUGGCGUCCAUAAACCCAACGAGCCCAGAUUCGAGCAACUUGGUCGAUGGGGAAAGGAGUUCUGGGACGGCUUUCUGAUGCAUACGCUUGGUGCAAGGAUUUUGACAUAUGAUAUUUUCGCGUGAAAACAGUCGACAGCGAGCGAGCGAGUAUGGAGUAUGGGCCUGCGGGUGCUGGCAAAGAAUCUGAGAGAGAAAAGGAGCAAUCCGAUCGAUUGCCUUGUUUAUGUAUGUGUACUUUACGGCCGGCCCGCAGAUGUCGAGAUCCUGUGUAAAAGUGUGUUAAUGCAUAUAUCUUUUCUGCACCCAGCUUUCCGUCCUCUAUUCCGGGCGUGG